GGCAAGACAGCUGUUUCAUCUAAACAUCCAGAAGACAUCAAAGACUGGAAUAAAUACCAUGUGAGAGCUUGGAUGCUUGAGAUAAAUGUGGACAGAGAAGAUGCAGACCUUUUGUAUAAUGAGAGAAUAAAUGGGGCUACUCUUCUCCUCUUGGAGGCGACUGAUUUCAGGCAACUAAGCCUGUCAAUGAAUGCAAUAAAACUGAUUGUUCACAACGUAGAUCUUCUGAAACAAAAGACUCAACAGCAGAAUGACAUGGCGAGUUUGUCUUGUAGCAUGAAGCCUUACCCAUUUAACAGAUUUAAUACAGCUCACAGGUACAGAGAAAACACCACGCUAGAUGUUACCGAAACUGGUCCUAUAGAUCUCAUUCAGCCCUGUCAUGAAUUCAAAGGCUUCACCAACACAACAGAAGAGGACAGAAUGAAGAAAUACACUUAUGAGGUGAUUCGAUUUGCAGCAGCUUGUAUGAACAGUCGCACUAAUGGCACCAUUCACUUUGGAGUAGCAGACAAACCACACGGACAAAUUCUUGGUGUUAACAUCCCAAAAACAGAUGAUUUUGAUGUACAACAGUCACAUGCAAUUGAAAGACAUUUUAAAUGGGAAAAGAAUGUUCAGAUAGCAAAGAUGUGCAUUAAACCUCCUCGAUUUGUUGAAGUUCUUAAAGUUGAUAUGAUGUCCUCUGGAAAAUAUGUUAUUGAAGUGGAUAUAGAGCCGUCAUCUAAUGUCUGUCAAGACCUACAUUUCAACACAUAUGAUUUAGAAAAAAAUAACAAGAACCUCAAAAAUAAGGACAAGAUGUCUGAGCCGAAGAAGAACAAUGAAAGCAAGUCUUUCUUCAUAAGAGAUGGCAGCAGCAGUAAGAAUAUCAUUACAUCUGAUUCCUUAAAGGAGGUUGAGAACUAUCUUGCUAACAUGGCACAUUUAUCCCAGCUAAGGAAGGAAGCUGAAGAAAAGCAUCUUUCCGUUGUCAAAACCAGUGUCCAAGGCUCUAAACUCUGUGAGAUGAUAACAGGAGGGACACAAUCUUUGGACAGGUCACACUUUAAAUCGUACAUUGUGGUGGCCAACAAGUCUCAUCCAGUUCAGCUGGAAAACCUGCGCUUCCUUCUUCACAUGGAUCUAGUGGCUGUUUUGGAUUUUGAUCCAGAAUCUGCUGAACAUGGCUUAAAUAAGCUGUUUGAAGAGAGAAAAACCAACGUUCACUCACCGACUCAAUAUAAAAUAACAGGUGCAGUUGAGGACAUAGCAGACAAGCUAAAACUUACCAAGAAUACAAGUUGGGUUUUCUGUAAUGGAGGAAUUAAUAAUGAAAGCCCAUCUGAUGCUGAUAAGUGGUUAAUUGAGAAGGGAUCCUCAGUGCAUGAUGUCAUUUCUUUCCUGUGUAGAAGGGACGUGCUGCCUCACAAGAAAUUUCUUACCGUAUUCCUGCUGUUAAAUCAGGUGAAUGAUCGGAAAGACCCUUUACUUGAGACCUUGAAAUUCUUUUUACAGGAGCUCAAGGGAGAGAACCAAAUCUUAUGCAUCACUGACAAUAAAACAUCAUACACCUACUGGAAAGAUCUCAUUGAUGUAGCUGACAUCUCUAAGAGAUGUAUUUAUGAGCUGAGCUUUGCUGAAGUCAAUGGCACCGUGCUCAGCCUGUGGUCAGAAAACCGCAAAUCCAGCCGAUUUCUGCCUUGUGGUGGGGGCAGUAAUGUUGUGCUCUCUAAGAAAAUAGAGGAAUCCUUAGAAAUGCUGAGUAUUCUUUGUGUGAACCAGUGUGAAGGAGGUAAUGAGGACAAACAACAUCACGAAAAGAUCUUUUAUAAGGGAGGGAAAGUGUCUUGGUGGAACUUCUACUUCUCAGAACAGCCCGGCUCGAUGCCGUUCAUCAAACGAGACAAGUUUGACUACAUUGUCAACACUAUUAUUCCAGACAUAUGCAGCCAAAAAACAGUGUGUGAGUUUUUCAACAUCUUCCAUCUUCCAGGCUGUGGUGGGACUACACUGGCCAUGCAUGUUCUGUGGACACUCAAGAAACAAUUUCGUUGUGCAGUGCUGAAGGACUCAACAGGUGAUUACACUGCGGCAGCAGAACAGGUAGUGCAGCUACUAACAUAUGAGACAAAUGAGCAACCCAAACGACUUCCAGUUUUGCUCUUGAUCGAUGAUUUCCAGGAUAUUUCUGAUGUCAAAAAACUCAAACUUCAAAUUGAGGAGGAAUGUCAAAAGCAAAAUAUUUCUUCAAAGUCUCCACAAGUGAUAAUUGUCAACUGCAUGAGAGUCGAAACCCAUGAACUGACAGAUCGAACUGAUAAUUCAGUAUUCAUUGGAAACACACUAUCUAAAAAGGAACAGGAACUGUUUGAGGAAAAGCUGAAGGAGUUUAGGAAAACCAAAAUGAACACAAAAACAUUUUAUGGGUUCAUGAUUCUGAUGACCAACUUCUCCUCUGAGUAUAUUCAGAGUGUUGUGAAAAAAACCCUCAAGGACUUUAACUUUGAACACAAGCAUGCUCAGCUUUUCGCUGUUCUUGUCCUCUUGCAUGUCUACAGCAGUAAUGCAGUGCUGUCAGUCUCUACAUGUGAAGAGUUCCUUGGUCUGCAACCAAAAGUAGCAAUUAGAUUAUACAAAGUCGAAGAUGAAUUUGAGAGGUUUUCCAAUCUUUUGACGAGAUGCAAAGUUAAUUCCAAAGUUAACUUUGAGGGUGUGCGAGUGAUUCACUCAUGUAUAGCUAAACAAUGCUUGCAGGAGCUUUCAGCUUCUCAUGGAGUGACGAAGGCAGAAAUCACUAACAUUCUGCUUACAACAGAGUUAUUUUACGAGUACACUCUGGGAAAACAAAAAUUAAGGCAGGAUGUUCACAACAUGCUGGUGAAAAGGCAGUAUUCAGCUGAGGUUGAAGGCUCUCUGUUUUCUCCUCUUAUCCAGGAUAUAAUGAAAGAAACCCCAGGAACUCAACAAAUUAUUCUACACAAUGCAGAAAAGUGUCUCAAGAAAGAUGCAUACAUAUCACAGCUGCUUGCCAGGUAUUAUUACAUUAAGAAACAGGACUUUCUUCAAGCCAUGUACUGGGCAAAGAAGGCCAAAAGCCAAUUAACAGAGAACUCCUACAUAUGCGAUACAGAGUUUCAGGUACGCAUGCAUGAGCUCAAACAUGCUGUUUACAAAGACAAAGAUAAUCCCAUCAAGCCAGAAAAUCUUGACGAGUAUCUUACAUUGGCUCAGAAGGCAUCCGAAGCUUGCAAAGAAACCCAAAAAACUGCAGACAAAGAGGCCAAGCAUCAAUUAGAUAAAAGAAGGGUUAACAGGGGUUAUAAAAAUUACCAAACUUACAACACUGCUGGCCAUCUCAGUCACCUUCAAACUGCAGUUACAGUCACAGAAAUGCUGCAAAAGACACCUCUGUAUGCUGUAAAAGACACUCGCAACAACUGCCUUAGUCAAGUCCUCAUGGGCAAAAUUACCAUUGAAGAUUUGCCCAGCAAGAAUCCCAGACUUAAGCCAUACAUCCCGCCUUUGCCCAGUCGCAUUCCCUUUGCCGUGCACUUAGCUUUCAAAAAAAAUGUAACUACCCGUCGCAAUGAUGCACAGCGCAAGAUCUGUGAUUGGACACUUGGUGGCUUUGAUAAGUGUGGGUGUGGCCGAGAAGUUUGGGAGAAGAGCAACCUGUUGGAGUGA